AUGGUUGGUGUUCCACGGCAUAUAGCAGAACACCGGCUAAAUGUCUCAGAGGAUGCAAAGCCAGUAGUGCAUGCUAAACGACACCUGGGAGACAUCAAACACGAUGCAAUGAAAGAACAAGUGUUGGAACUGCUAAACGCAGGAAUCAUCAGGGAAGUCCGGUACCAAACAUGGGUAGCAAGCCCAGUAAUGGUAAAGAAACCAAAUGGUAGUUGGAGAAUGUGUGUCGACUACAAAGAUCUGAACAAAGCAUGUCCCCGUGACUGCUACGCUUUACCAGACAUAGACGAGAAAAUAGAUUCUCUGGCAACGUUUCGAUGGAAAUGUUUUCUGGAUUGCUACAAAGGAUAUCACCAGGUCCAGAUGGCUGUUCAAGACGAAGAUAAAACCGCAUUCCGCACGCCAACGGGGUUAUACUGCUACACCAAGAUGCCGUUCGGCUUAAAGAAUGCAGGUGCUACGUACCAACGGUUGAUGAACGAAACAUUCAGUGACGCCAUCGGUAAAUACAUAGAAGUAUACAUGGACGAUCUGGUAAUCAUGAGCAAGGAGGAGAGCGCGAUGCUGGCGAAUAUUCAGAAGACCUUCAACACGCUGCGCAGCAUGAGCAUCAAACUGAAUCCAGCAAAGUGCUCAUUCGGAAUGGAGGAAGGAAAGUUUUUGGGCUUCAUAGUCACUAAAGAUGGUUUUAAGGUGAACCCAGAAAAGGUCCAGGCCAUAGAGAGGAUGCCUUCACCAGCAAACGUCAAAGACAUGCAAAAGCUCGCAGGACGAUUGGCAGCACUCAAUCGAACCUUAACCGACCCAGAAACCAGAUACGCAAUCAUGGAAAAGCUUGUCCUUGCACUGAUUCACGCGUCAAGAAGGCUGCGCCGAUAUUUCGCCAAUCACGUCAUCCACGUGCUAACAAAUUACAAUAUUGGGAAUAUCCUAGCAAGGCCAGAAAUAUCAGGAAGGUUGGCCAAAUGGGCGAUAGAGCUAGGGGGACACAACGUAGUCUUCAGACCACGACCGUCGAUCAAAGGCCAAGUUUUGGCAGACUUCAUGACGGAAGUCCCGGAUGACAAAGACAGAGAGUGUAAGGCGAUGGAGAAAGCGGAGAAAAAACAAACCGAAGAGCCAUGGCUGCUGUAUACAGACGGUGCAUCCAACGAAGAUGGGGCAGGCGCGGGGCUACGGCUAGUAAGCCCUGACAAACACGAGUUCACUUACGCCAUACGCCUAGACUUCAAGAGCACAAAUAACGAAGCAGAGUACGAAGCCUUUCUGGCCGGCUUGCGUUUGGCAAUCAAAAUGGGAGUCCGACACAUCGAAGCACAUGUGGACUCCAUGUUAGUAGCAGGCCAAAUCAAUGGUCAAUACGAAGCCAAGGGCGACAUAAUGGCACUCUAUCUCAACCAAGCAAAGACGUUGCUGCAAACCUUCUAUUCUUACAAGGUGCACCACAUAAACCGCAGUGAAAACAAGCCGGCAGACGCCUUAAGCAAGCUCGCGUCAACAAGCUUCCAGCACCUAGCCAAAGACGUGCGCAUAGAAGUUUUAAGCAACCCAUCUGUCCCACUCAGAGAAGUCAGCGUCAUCCAAACAGGAACCACGUCCUGGAUGACACCCAUAAUCAUGUACUUACAGUCCGGAAUACUUCCAGAAAAUAAAGCUGAGGCGCGGAAAAUCCAGUAUAAAUCAGAACAUUAUUAG